UCGUCUCAGAACGAACUUCCACUGGCGUGGAAGGUGAGGAACGCGCUUCUCUGCGGUCAGGCGGAAGGUCCCCUAUUUGGUGGGGGUGGGGGAAGAAGGUUGGCAGUUCCGUGUACCGCGAGCCCGCGCCCGAAAUUUCACAACACCAAGGCCGAGCCAAACCGACCGUAGGGGGGAGAAGUACAAGGCCACCACCACAAGGAGUGCGAGGCGAGGGCGAACGCCGGGGGCAAGCGCGGCGGCGGAGGCAGCAAUGGCGGCGCUGCAGAGCUGGCGCAAGGCGUACGGCGCGCUCAAGGACACCACCACCGUCAGCCUCGCCAACCUCAACUCCGACUUCAAGGAUCUGGAUGUCGCGAUCGUGAGGGCCACCAACCACGUGGAGAGCCCGCCCAAGGAGCGCCACCUGCGCAAGAUUGUGGCGGCGACGUCCAUCGCGAGGCCACGGGCGGACGUCGCCUACUGCAUCCAUGCGCUUGCCCGGCGACUCGCCAAAACCAGGAACUGGAUUGUUGCCCUGAAGACACUUGUAGUGAUCCAUAGGCUUCUUCGGGAAGGUGAUCCUGCAUUCCGCGAAGAGUUUCUUACAUUUACUCAGAGAGUGCAAAUUUUGCAGUUAUCAAACUUCAAGGAUGAUUCCAGCCCAAUUGCUUGGGAUUGUUCUUCAUGGGUUCGCACAUACGGUUUAUUUUUGGAGGAAAAACUAGAAUGCUUCAGGGUCUUGAAGUAUGACAUUGAAGCUGAGCGUUUAUCAAAGCAAGGUCAAGGACCUGAAAAGGGCCACAGUAGAACCAGGGAAUUGAAUUCUCAGGACUUGCUGGAGCAAUUGCCAGCACUGCAGCAAUUAUUAUAUCGACUUAUUGGUUGUCGGGCAGAAGGAGCUGCAAAUAACAAUUAUCUGGUGCAGUAUGCUCUAGCCCAGGUUCUUAAAGAAAGCUUCAAAAUUUAUUGUGCAAUAAAUGAUGGAAUUAUCAACCUUGUUGACAAGUUCUUUGAGAUGCCAAAGCAUGAAGCACUAAAAGCCCUUGACAUUUACAGGAGGGCUGGCCAGCAGGCUGGAAACCUAUCUGACUUCUAUGAAAGUUGUCGAGGUUUAGAGCUCGCAAGAAAUUUCCAGUUUCCCACUUUGAGGGAGCCACCACAAACAUUCCUUUCAACCAUGGAGGAGUAUGUGAAGGAGGCUCCACGUAUGAUGCCAGUUAUAGAGCCACUGGAGCUUCCUGAGCAGCUUCUUCUGACAUACAAACCAGAAGAAGAAGAAGAAGAAGAAGUUCGUGAGUCUGUUCCUAUUGCAGAGGAGAAACUGCAAGUUGUUGAAGAACCUGCUCCAGUUCCUUCCUCCCAAAUAGCUUCGCCUCCCAGGCCUGAGAUUGCAGAUACUGGUGAUUUACUGGGGUUAGGUGAUUCAACCCAUACUGUGUCGGCAAUAGAGGAGAGCAACGCAUUGGCCUUGGCAAUUCUUCCGACAGGUGUUGAUAAUUCAACAACUACACAGCAAGAUAGAGGAUUUGAUCCAACAGGAUGGGAACUUGCUCUUGUUACUACAAGCAGCAACAUGACUCCACUGUCUAUGGAGAGUAAUUUGGGUGGUGGAUUUGACAAGCUCACAUUGGACAGCCUAUACGAUGAUGGAACCUACAGGCAGAUGCAGCAACAACAGCUAUACGGCUCAGCCCCUCCCAAUCCCUUCAUGGCAAGCGAUCCCUUCGCCGUGUCAAAUCAAGUAGCUCCCCCACCGUCAGUUCAAAUGGCAGCCAUGGCUCCACAGCCCCAGCAUUUGCCCAUGAUGAUUGAAGCAAAUCCCUUCGGACCACCACAGCAGCAUCACGCGGGCAUGGCUCCUGCAGCAAACCCCUUCCUCGAUGCUGGGUUCGGUGCGUUCCCGGCAGGAAAUGGAAUGCAUCCACAGACCAACCCCUUCGGAGGCGCCGCACAACUUCUCUAGGCAUAUACUUUGCAUUACAUAGAAGAUGUGCAAUCUGUAGAUAUCCAUGCAAGACAAGCAAUUGGCGUGUCUGGAACCGCUUUUCACCGUCAGACCGUUACCAAUCCUAUGUUGCACCAUCUUCAUCUCGCCCUUCCUUAUUAGGCCUUGGCCGCUUGGCCUUUCUUGUGUAGCUUUCCGUUUUGCUGUGGCUGGUUUCCAUCUUCUGACUGGGCCAUUGCACCCUCUCAUUGUAAAGAAAUUUGUUUCGGGCUUUCGGCUGAUGUAAAACUACGUGCAAUAAGCAGCAGAGCAGCA